AUGGAGCUGAGGCACUCGCGUAAGAAGGGCCAGAUUUUAGUAUCCUGUUUUCGCGAGACUCUCGUCAUCCUAGAUGAAAUCUGGGGGACUUUGGUUAGCGUAGAGCCGUCCGAGCAAAGCCCAAGCCAAGCAGCAUUGGAGCUCUUCAACCCUCUCAUAAUGCGCAUACUAGGAAGAAAAUAUGGCACAUCCCGCUUGGAACAUUAUUGCGCCGGAAAACGCCAGACGAUAUUGAAUAGAAUGCCAUCAUUUCUCUCGUAUGACGAGGGGUUGGUUAGGAGCACCAGUGUGAGUGAUAGGCUGGCAACUAAGCUAAUCAUCUCAAAGCGCCUGUUUUCCACAUCUCCGUUUACCGCCAGAUAUCACAUCGUCAACUUGCUGUCAGCUAUGCUUCCCGAUAUCUAUUCUCACCAAACCUUGCUCGCUGCACUGGUUGGCAGCACAGCUGGACGACACUAUUGCAAGCACCAAUGCUCAACUGACCUGGCUUUGGCCGUUGAGAGUCUUAUGAAGUAUGCAAGAAUCCAAGGCAACGAGAACGCGGGUCUUAGGAGCGUUAACUACGCCAUGCCAGCCUGUUUAUCUCGGGCCGUGGAUUCCCGGAAAGUGCUAUAUGUCUGUCAUCUCCCAGACAGUGUCUACCACUCAGGAGGUGUAGUGAAAAGCAGGAAGUUGGUUCAGGCAUCCCCGCGUAGCUGGACUGUUGCCGGUAAAUCGUAUAUGGCAAUCAAGGAUUAUCACCAAAGUGGGGGGAUGGCUGUUCUACCUUUAAAAGUUGCCAUGAGACCUCGUGUUGAUGGUGGAGCUUAUUGCCGUGAUUCCAUAGGCGUGGUUAUCUCCGACUAUGUCUUGCACGUUUUCGUAUUAUACCUCGUUGGGGACACUCAUAAUCGAGUGAGAACUGAACAAACUGGGAAGACGGGAAGAUGGGAAUCGCCAUGGCUCCUGUGCCAGCAUGGUAAGCAUGGUCUAACACUGGGGUUAACUGCCUGGAGAACGCUAGAGCGAAAAAUGACAAUGACUGUGGUUGCACAUCAAGACAACAGAGUACUAUGCAGUUCUUAG